AAUAGAUAAUUAUUAAAAAAUAUAUAUACUGAAACCAUUCACACACGUGUUCCAGGGGUUGUGUGACCUCGUUUUGGCGUUAUGGCACACAAAGCGUUAACUGAGGGUUGCUCUGGGUAAAGUUUCGGUCCUAGACCUGUGGGCGUGCCAGCGCGCAACUGUCAGUGCAAAAGUGGGAUAUUUGUAACUACACACGGCAGUGCAGGGGUCCAGUGAGAGGGGGGGUGGUUAUGCUUUGAGCUGCAUGUGUGGUUAGUUUGUAGUUUUUAAACACCACUUCAGUCAUGUCGCGGAUAUUGAACCUGAUCAACACCCGGCUGCGGAGAGAUUUGGCGGCGUGUCGAGGGACUGUUCGGCUCCCUUUGAGGACCAUCUGCUGUACUUCAAGAAAACAAGCUAAAGAGAGUGAUGCAUCCUCAGUUUUGGGAAAGAGGUGGAAGGACACAGCAGAAACCGUCAUCAUCGGUGGUGGAUGCGUGGGGGUCAGUGUGGCCUAUCAUCUGGCCAAAGGUGGCAUGAAGGAUGUGGUGCUGCUGGAGAAGUCUGAGCUGACGGCUGGAUCCACCUGGCACGCUGCGGGUUUGACAACAUAUUACCAUCCAGGCAUCAACCUCAAGAAAGUCCACUAUGACAGCAUUAAGCUCUACGAGAGCCUGGAGGCUGAAACCGGACAGGCGGUGGGAUUACAUCAACCAGGCAGUGUUCGCAUUGCUUCAACAGCGGCUCGCGUGGACGAGAUGAGGUACCAGAUGACCCGCACGCACUGGCACGUGACGGAGCAGUACUUCAUCGGACCAGAGAAAGUCCACGAACUUUUCCCUCUGCUCAAUAUAGACAAGGUUUCUGGGCUCGGGAGGUUGGCAAGAUGAUUGGGUUCGAUCACCCCACCAUCCCGGUGCAUCACCAGUACGUAGUGACGGCGACGGUACCGGAGGUGAAGGCUCUGAAGAAGGAGCUGGCUGUCAUCAGGGACCUGGAGGGCUCUUACUACCUCCGUCAGGAAAGAGACGGCCUUCUGUUUGGCCCCUAUGAACAGAUGGAGAAGAUGAAGCUACAGGACUCCUGGGUCAGAGAGGGCGUGCCACCAGGUUUCGGCAAAGAGCUGUUUGAGUCGGAUCUUGACAGGAUCAUGGAGCAUGUUGAGAUGGCCAUGGACAUGGUCCCCGUGCUAAAGAAAGCUGACAUCAUCAAUAUUGUGUCUGGACCAAUCACAUACACCCCUGACCUCCUGCCAAUGGUCGGACCACACCAAGGAGCUCGUAACUACUGGACUGCCAUCGGCUUUGGGUAUGGAGUCAUCCAUGCUGGUGGUAUCGGUAAGUUCCUGAGUGACUGGAUCAGGAAUGGAGAACCUCCGUACGACCUGAUUGAAUGCGACCCCAACCGCUACGGCAAAUGGGCAGACGUGCCCUUCAUGUGUGCCAAAGCUCGAGAAUCCUACGGCUUCAACAAUGUGGUUGGUUACCCCAAGGAGGAGCGUUUCGCCGGUCGACCGACCUCCCGGACAAGUGGCGUUUAUGAGCUGCUGAAGGACAAAGCAUCCAUGGGCUUUCACGCUGGCUGGGAACAACCUCACUGGUUCUACAAAUCUGGAGAUGACGUUGGAUACAAGCCCAGUUUCCGACGCACCAACUGGUUCGGACCAGUUGGCCGAGAGUGCAAGCUGGUGAUGGAGAAGGUGGGAGUGAUCGACCUGACGCCUUUUGGCAAGUUCAUAGUGAAGGGGAAGGACUCCCACAGGCUGCUGGACCGCCUGUUUGCUAACACCAUGCCCAAGGUGGGUCUGACUAAUAUCAGCCACAUGUUGACGCCCGCUGGGAGAGUCUUUGCUGAGGUCACCAUCACCCAGCUGGCACCAGGAGAGUUCUUGCUCAUCACAGGCUCGGGAUCGGAGGGUCACGACCUCAGGUGGAUCGAGACAGAAGCUGCAGACGGUGGAUACGACGUCGACAUCAGCAACGUAACAGAUGAUAUAGGCGUGCUGGGCAUCGCGGGACCAAACUCCCGCAAGGUUCUUCAGAAACUGACGGAUGAGGAUUUGAGUGAUGCUGGAUUCAAAUUCCUCCACUGCAAGUCCAUCCAGCUGGCGGGAGUUCCUGUCCGGGCCAUCAGGAUCUCCUACACAGGUGAGCUCGGCUGGGAGUUGUACAUCGACCAGAAGAACAUGGCGGCUGUGUACAAGGCCAUGAUGGAAGCUGGAAAAGACGAAGGCAUCGACAAUUUCGGCACCUACGCGAUGUCCUCGCUCAGACUGGAGAAGGGCUUCAGAGGCUGGGGAGCUGAGAUGAACUGUGACACCAACCCUCUGGAGGCUGGACUGGAUUAUUUCAUCAAACUCAACAAACCGGCGGACUUUAUCGGUAAAGCCGCCCUUCAGGAGAUCAAAGCCAAAGGCCUAAAGAGGAAGCUUUCCUACAUCACCCUGGAUACGGACGAUAUCGACCCCGAAGGCAACGAGACCGUCUGGCACAACGGAAAGGUGGUCGGCAACACGACAUCCGGAGCCUACAGCUACAGCAGCCAGCAGAGCCUCGCGUUCGCCUACCUGCCUCUGGAGCUGUGCUCUGUGGGCCAGAAGGUGGAGGUUGAACUGCUCGGGAGGAAAUACCCCGCCGAGGUCAUCCAGGAGCCUUUAGUCCUCACCGAGCCCACACGGACCCGGCUGCAGAAGAAAGCAAAGGGCAAAGCAUAAGAACAGACUGUCCGCGAUCAGCUUCUCAACAGCUAAUGAAGAACGAUUUUACUGUGAUACACGAGUCUUAUAUUGGGAGGGAAAGAACAUGUGGUUUUUGUACUGAUUUAAGGAAAAAGAGUAACAUCACUUGACAACUUCCUCUUUCUGUAUUGUGUCUUUAAGAAGAGGAAACAGAUUCAGCAUGUGAAAGUGUUUAGUGCUUCUUAUGAAUGUGUUUUUUUGAGCAACAGGGGAAGUUACCUGUCGCUGUUCUUACACCACAACGUCUUACAGUGUCGGAAGACUAAUUGACUUUUUUGUAAUUCCAUGAAUGGAUGUUAAUGUUUACGGGUCAACAGUUGAGCAGUUUGGGGGCGAAGAUUUCGGCAGAAAGGGUCAAAUGUAAAAUGUCAUAAGAGCACUUUGUGACGGACGUAACAAAGUGUAUAAACACUAAUAACCAAAACAAACUUGUACAAAGAGUUUUAUAAAUCUGUUCUUUUUCUUUUCUUUUUUUUUAUAACUUAUAUGUAAUUAAAUUGGUGUACAUUAAUACCGUGAUAAUUAAAGCAAUGCACUUACUGUCUUGUA